CGCACAGUGUCGGACUAAAUUUUCCAGACUUAGGAUGAACCACCGUGACUUCUCUGACCUACUCCAGCACAGAACUGGAUUUGGUUGGGACCCAGUAUCAAACACAGUCCAGGGGACUGAGACCCAGUGGCAGCAGUAUCUUAGGAUCAAGCCGAAGGCUAGUCGUUUUCGAAGGAAGGGCUGUCCAAACUACGAAAUGUUGGGUCUACUCUUCAAUGGCUCAACAGCCACUGGGGUCCUCCGCCAUUCAUCCGCUAGGACACCACCGGGUAGUGACGAAGAGGACGAGUUGAAUGAGCAACUCUUGCGGUUUGGAAUGCAUGUUAGUCAAGCAACCAAUGCGGCUGUUGAUAACAGUGUGAGUGGGGAGUUUCUUGGUUCUGUGGGUGGUUCGAGUCAGGGGAGUGGCCAACCUCCUGCUCAAAAUAGGGGUAUAGUCAUUGGGGGUAACGGACGUGGUAAGCGUCCAGUUGAUAGUUCUGGGCCUAGCACAGAACUAAAGAGGAAAGGUAAGGGUAAAUCUCAUAUAGAUUCUCUUCGUAGUGAUGCAUUAAAAGAGUUUACCGAGGUUAGCCGUUUGAAGAAAGAAAUCUUGUUACAAGAUCAACUGCGAAUGAGUAGUGGGGAAGGUAGUGCAGGUGCUGGGGGUAGUGGUGCAUCUUUUUCCAAUGGCAUGAGUAGGGCCAUUGGCAUGUUGGAUGAGAUUGCCCCCGACCUAGAUGAUGAUAGGUAUUUUAGGGCAUUUGAGCUCUUUAGGGAUGAGAAUGUCCGUAAUGGUUUUAUUGCACUACCUCCAGAAAGGAAGAAGGCUUGGAUUGGGAAGCUGUAACUAUGUUGUUGGGCUUGUGGUUUAAGUUUGUAUGCAUGCUGAUUGCAUACAAACUUUUUUGUUGGACCGUUUCUAAUGCUACUUAUGGCAUUGUUUGU